UGGUAAAAAAACAGAAAGAAAAAGUAGGUAUAAUUUUGUAUAUCAAGUGUUCUAAUAUAAUUAGUUGAAAAUAUUUUUUUUCUUCAAAUUUCUAAGUAAUUAUGUUAUUACAUUUGGUAUACCAAAAUAUAUACCAGACUUCCAAGACCCACAGACACAUCUUUCCAUAUGUUACAAGUCUUAUGUAAUGGAAAGAGUUUUGUUUACUUCUUAAAAUUUAGGAGAUUUUGUGAAAACACCAGAAUUUUUAAGACAUGUAGUUGAAAUUAAGCACCAUUAAAUUAACUAAAUAAUUAAAGUGUUAAAAUGUACCUUUCUUAAACGAAAAAAAUCAUUGGGUUCUGGAAGUUUUGAGUGUGCCGUUGCGGUCACAUUGGCUAUAUAUUUUUUAUUUUUCUAUUUUCCUUUUUUACUUGUCCAAAUAAAUCUGUAGUACGCCAUUCCUGCCAGCUGCCACGUACAACAAAUCCCUAUUUAUACAGCUACUCUCCUCCGCCCAUUCACUCACCACCUUCUCUCUCGAGUCCGUCUCUCCUUCCUUUCCUGCCCCGUCUCCCCCUCUAUUAUCUUUUCUAUACUCUCUCCCUCUCCUUUUCUAAAAUGGAUGCUCGUGUGAAUAUCAUUUUUCCUUCCAUUUACGCUGCUAGUUUCUUGUAUUUCAUAAUGUACGCCCGAUUUUCUUACCCAACCCAAGGACCACCAGAGGAUGGGAAGGGGAAUGCUCAGCCGGCACAACCAAUGACUCCUGAGUUGCAUGAGUAACCAUCAGUUCCUGAGUAAGAUGUCGGCAUCGGUGGUCAACAAGGGCGAGCAGCUGCUGAAGUAAAAAUCAAAUUCAACAAGCGAACGGUAGCCUUUUAUAUCUUUCAUGUAUUUGAUGUGCCUUCUAUUUUGUUUAUUCCAGCUUUCUCUGCAAUUACAUGAAAGUGGUCAGGGUUUUUGAAAAAUGGAUAUGUUAGAGAAUUAAUAUACGUUUUUUUAGUAAGUUUUAGGAUUGUAUUUACAGAACAUCAUCAAACUUGAAUACAUAAUAUUCCUCUUCAUUUCGCGUAACUUUUCAUAUUACCUGAUAUCUUUAAUCUUAUUUUAAAUGUUACGGAAAAUGAAAAUGAAUAUUAUGUAUUCAGGUAUAAUCUGUAAAUACAGUCUUAACUUAUAAAAAUACCUAUUUUAAUUCUCUACCGUAUUCAAUUUUUAAAAAACCCGACUACUUUUAAGUAAUUGCUGAGAAAGUUGGAAUAAUCGUAAUAGAGGACACGAUGAAUAUGUGAAAGAUAUGAAAGGAUACCGUUGCCUUGGUGAAUAUGAUUUCCAGUUCAGUAACUGCUUCCCCCUGUUGGCCAUCGAUGCCGACAUGGAACCGGUGGUUAUUUAUGUGACUUAGGAAUCAAUGGUUGUCCCGGCUAUUCCCCUCCCCUUUCUUCGGUUAGGUAAGAAAAUCGGACGUACAUAAUGAGAUACAAGAAAAUAGCUGCGUAAAUAAAAAGAAGAAUGAUAUCUAAACGAGCUUUCAUUUUAUAAAAUGAAAAGAGAGAGGGACUGAGUUUAUAGAAAGCUAAGGAAGAGACAAAACAAAACAGGAGGGGGUGGGAGGGCAAAAAAUCUGCCUCCCAUAACAAUACCUCUAUUAAUUCUCUAAAAUAUCUAAGCUGCCCUCCCAUAAAAUUACCUCUAUUAAUUCUCUAAAAUAUCUAAGAACCCAGCUACGAGUGAUUGCUGAGAUGGUUGGAAUAAACAAAAUAAAUGGCCUAGAAGGCUGCCAAAUUCAGACUUUCUAGACAGGUUUAUUGUUCGAAACUCAAUUCUGUAGCCUAGGGGUUGUGGGAAGCCUUCUUACAAACUCGAUUAAUUCAACAAUGUUUAGCUUGAAAAAAUCCUACAACUUGCUAGAAAACAUGGUGGGUUUAGAAUCAUAUCUAUCUGUUCACUAAAACGAACAUGCAUGCUAAGAAUGUUCACAUAAAAGGGGGAGUUUGAGUGAGAAAAUGAAGCCUUAUCAAGACGAUUCAGUUUUCGUCGGAUUUCAAUGAUAUUAAGACGGAAAAUUUUCGUUUUCCUCCGAGUGUGACAUGGCCAAAAAGUUGCAGAGUCCCGGAUAGUUAUGAGAGUGUUUGCUGACGCCUGGUGGAGUUUUGAGGUGGUGAUGGUGUUUUGUUGUGUUUGGCCGAGAAGAGAAUAAAAGAUUAAGAGAGACGUUGGUGGGAUGUGAAGGAUGAUGUUUGUUGGAUGACAAAUUAAUGAGAUAGAGUGAGGUAGUACGACAGAAAAGAGUGCAUUUUCACUGUUUUUAGCUUAAUUUGGCCGUUUGAAACUUUGAUUUGAAUUUGGCCUGCAGUUACGUGUUCGUAAAAAUAAGUAUUAUUUAAAAGUAGUAAAAUAAGAAUAAAAAGUGAAAAAAAAAAUUGAAGUGGGAGGCGUACGUAGCAUUUCACAGGCGUUUGGAUAAUUUUAUUACUAUUUAAAAUGAAAUAAAAUAAAAUUUUCACUGUUUUUAGCUUAAUUUGGCUGUUUGAAAAUUCGAUUUGAAUUAGGUCUGCGGUUACGUGUUCGUAAAAAUAAGUAUUAUUUAAAAGUAGUAAAAUAAGAAUAAAAAGUGAAAAAAAAAUUUGAAGUGGGAGGCGUACAUAGCAUCUCACAGGCGUUUUGAUAAUUUUAUUACUAUUUAAAAUGAAAUAAAAUAAAUUUUUACGACUGGAUGUCACAUGUGGAGUGCUAAUAUACUAUAGUUAUUUAUAGCUCCUUCUUAGUCGUUAUUUUUAUUUGUUUCAAAAUCUGUAUGCUAUUUUUUUAUUCUUUUUCAUUAUUUUUUCCCUCGUAGACCCAUAUUUAGUUUUUCUCUCCCAAUAUGAAAUAUGGUAUGGUCGACUGCUAUUUAAAUUAAACAAGAAAACUAUACUUUCCCCAUAAACGUAGGAAAAUGGUUUUGAAGAAUCUCAUCUCAUGCAUGGGAUAGGAGGGUUUGGCCGAGUUGUUCGGAGAUUUUACUUGAUUUAAUCAAAAUUUAUUAACUAAACACUAGUUGAAAUCUGCGAGGUUGUUUUUUUUUGUAAUUUUAACUUAUUAUGCACAUGUGUUAAAGAAAAUUUUAGUGUAUAACAUAUGGCUCGGUUAAAAAAAAAAAAAAAAAAAAAAAAAAGUAGUUAUAGUUUUGUAUAUUAAGUGUUCUAAUAUAAUUAGUUGAAAAUAUUUUUUUUUUCUUUAAAUUUCCAAGCAAUUAUGUUAUUACACUUGGUAUACCAAAAUGUAUAUCCGACUUCCUAGAGGCACAUACACAUCUCUGCAUAUGUUACAAGUCUUAUGUAAUUGAAGGAGUUUUGUCUGGUUUUUAAAAUUUAGGGGGUUUUUAUGAAAACAGGAGAAUUCUCAAGAGCUUUAUUUGAAAUUAAGCACCAUCAAAUUAACUAAAUAAUUAAAGUUUUAAAAUGUAGCCUGUGGCCGCGCGAACAAGUAGCAGGAAGACAAGAAUAGAGAGGAAAGGAAGACUAUAAAUCCAUUUCAUUCCUUGUCCGUCUUCGUUGUGUCUCUCCCGUCUUUGCUUUCCCAUUCCAUUUCCUUUCCUUUUGCUUUUCGGCGGCAUUUCGUCGAGCAGAAACCAUGAUCAGGUUGUUCAAAGUGAAAGAAAAGCAAAAGGAAACAGCUGAAAACGCGAAGGAGAAUGGUCUCGUAAAGAAGCAAAGUGCAGGAGAAUUACGUCUUCAUAGAGAUAUAAGUGAGUUGAACAUGCCAGAAGAAUGCAAGAUUUCAUUCCCCAAUGGAAAGGAUGAUUUGAUGGACUUUGAGAUCACCAUUACACCUUAUCGGGGAUAUUAUAUGGGUGGUGGGUUUGUCUUCACAUUUAAAGUUCCCGCAGUCUACCCUCACGAGCCUCCGAAGGUCAAGUGCAAAACCAAGAUCUACCAUCCCAACAUCGACUUAGAAGGAAACACUUGCCUUAACAUUCUUCGGGAAGACUGGAAACCUGUCUUGAAUAUAAACACUGUUAUUUACGGAUUGUAUCACCUAUUCACGGAACCUAACCAUGAGGACCCCUUGAAUCAAGAAGCAGCAGAUCUUUUGAGGGACAAUCCAAAAUUGUUCGGAUUGAACGUGAGAAAAUCGAUCGAGGGAAACAUAUGGGUGGAGGCGCCCAUUUCCCUGGGUGCAAAACAGGCGACUUCUACUGAUUCGGUUUAUCUAGGGUUUUGCUUCUCCGUGGUCCAACCAUGGUUGUAUGAGGUUGAAGGUUUGUGUGUUUUUGGGGUGUUUUUUGCAUUUCGGGUGAGUACUUGGUGGGGGAUUGUCUUGUGGCACAUUUUCAGCCCAUACUUGUAGCAGGAGAGUGUGUACUAGUGUAAUUUUGAUCUUCCUUCCAUUAAUAACAUGGCAUCAUGUUAAGGCUUGAUUUUGACUUUGACUAUAUCAAUUUAAUUGAAUCAAUGUCGUGGCCGUUGUUUG